AAAAAACUCUUUUUUUCUGAUUCUUCUUCUUUCUCGUUCAUCUUUGACCGAAGAACCCUAGUAGAUCUGGGAGAAACGGGCUCCGGGAAGACGACGCGGAUACCGCAAUUUCUUAACGAGGCGGGACACACGCAUGAAGAAUGAUCGGAUGCACGCAGUUGCGGCGAUUGGCGGCCAUGAGCGUCGCCGCUCGAGUUGCUCGAGAGAAGGGGGUGAAGCUAGGGCACGAAGUCGGCUACUCGAUUCGAUUCGAAGACCGCACAUUACUUGGUUGAAGCUUGGUGAAGGUUUGGCUUCUGGCGAUGGCGAGUUAUCAGACUUAUGUCAAGUGCCAGAUGAAGCAGCCGCAGCUGGACGCGCUCCGUCCCCUCUGGCGGGCUCGGGCUUAUGUUUUUGAGUUAGGAAAAAUUGAUUGGAUUGGAAAUGUAUAUAAUGUGCAGUGGAGUGGGGGUGAUUCGAGGGUUGCAUUCUCGGAGAAUUCGUCACCGGUUUGGGAGAGGAAAGUGAUGUUAAUGAAGGAGGAAGGUGGAGAGGAUGUUCUGACGUGUUGUCAGGAAUGCAGAUUGGAGUAUGAGAAGCAGGCAAUUCAUCAGAUAUCGUUUUUGGAUACAGAGCAUUUGCCUUCUUGGCUCAAGCCACAUGCUAAUAAGGAGGAUUUGGAUCAGUUGAGGAGGAAGUACAAUAGGCAGCGCCAGAAUCUGCAUCACAACCAUCUUGUGGGAAGGAAUAGCCAUCACUAGCCAUUACUUGGUUGUUGUUGUUACUACUGCUCCUCAAAUUCAUGCAACACAGGAGAUUGAGGCGGCAAAGACGAUUGUUAGAGAAAAGAUUAGAAAUUUAAGAGCAAAAGAUUAGAGAGAGGCUCCGGAUGUUAUUUUUAUUUCAUUUUGUGUUUUAAUAUAUUUGCGUUGUAUU